AUGACUUUCGCCUGGAAAACCGCAGGGCUCACCUACAACCGCUUCCUCGCGGUCGCAUCCCGUACGGUCCGCCGCUCCCUCAAGGAAGACAUGCGCGUAGCCGCCGAGCGCCGCGGCGAGAUGGACCUCCGGUUCGCCAAGUGGGAGAAUGGCAAGCAGGGCGAGAACAAGAACUUGGGCGAAGCGAACGCGGCGAGCUUCGUGUCGCACGCGGAGAAGUCGUAA